AUGACCCGAAGACCUUUUCAUCUUGUCGAGUUUAGCCCGUGGCCAUUAACCGGAUCUGUAGGCGCACUUUUUUUAACAGCUGGCACAGCUGGGUGAAUACACGGACACCCUACAAUAAUCCCAAUCUUAGGGACAGUACUAAUCAUUCUAACAAUAAUUCAAUGAUGGCGUGAUGUAGUCCGAGAAGGGACAUUUCAAGGAUUCCACACAACUAAUGUAGCAUCAGGCCUACGAUGAGGAAUAAUCUUAUUUAUUGUAUCAGAAGUCUGCUUCUUUUUUGCCUUCUUCUGAGCCUAUUUUCACAGAAGACUGGCCCCAACUCCAGAGCUCGGCUCUGCAUGGCCACCGACCGGAGUCUCCCCACUCAACCCUUUCCAAGUUCCACUUCUUAACACUGCCGUACUUUUAGCAUCCGGAGUUACAGUAACAUGGGCCCACCACAGAAUCCUAGAAGGGGACAAAAAAGAGAGGUUUCAAAGACUCCUUCUAACCGUCAUCCUCGGAGCCUACUUCACGUUCCUGCAAGCAGGGGAGUACAUCGAAGCCCCUUUCACAAUCGCAGACGGAGUCUAUGGAUCCACAUUUUAUGUAGCCACCGGAUUCCAUGGCCUACACGUACUCAUCGGAACCACAUUCUUAAUUGUCUGCUUAAUCCGACUCUAUGCUAACCAUUUCUCAACAAGCCAUCAUUUUGGUUUCGAAGCAGCUGCAUGAUACUGACAUUUUGUAGACGUAGUGUGGCUUUUCCUAUACCUAUCAAUUUACUGAUGGGGAUCUUAA